ACAUCUUUGUAAUUGUGAUAGAAAAGACCCUACAAACACCAUUGAUCAUGUCGCCGACGGGAUCCCCCGCGAACGGAAGAGUAGAAAGGCAACCGGCAGCGAUGCCCUCCUCCGUAGAUCUUUUCCUUUUCGCUAUCCUAGUGUUCUUCCUUGCGAAAUAUGGCUGCCCCUUAUUAGCCACCUUACCCGUCUAGAAAGGCAACCGGCAGCGAUGCCCUCCUCCGUAGAUCUUUUCCUUUUCGCUAUCCUAGUGUUCUUCCUUGCGAAAUAUGGCUGCCCCUUAUUAGCCACCUUACCCGUCUUGUUCCUGGGGUUAUGGGCCUUAAUGAAGGAGUUGUCGUCUAAUGACAAGGCUGAUGAUGCCGCCGACGACGGUGGUCGCGCCGAUGUCAGUGUUGGCGGCCAGCUGCCGCCACGUCAUGAUGAUGGUGAUAAAGAGAUGAUUAGGGAAGCGUUGAUGAGUUGGGAAGAGGAAGUGAUGGUCAUUGAAGCACAGCUGUUGGAGGCCAAGGCAACCGUCAAACAUUUUCACCGCUGCCUCCAUCGUCCGAAUUGCAUGGAAGGCACUUCCACGGACGCCGCCGCCGUCGCCCACUGCCGCGCUCAGGGAUAAUUACUAUGGGUUAAUGUUAUUUGAUAAAUAUUGUUUAGAUGUGUUGGUUGGUAGAUUAUAGUCGAUACAUUAUUGGUAUUUGAGUUACAUUAUGAUUGUAUUAAUUGAUACAUAUAUACACCAUUUAUGAUACAUAUACCCAUUCGAUUUCUCUUAUGAAGUGAUAUUGUCAUGUUUUGUUUUGUCCUUUGGGGUAAUUAGGAUUCGUUACGUACAAAGUCCUAAUUAUAAUGAGUGUAAACAAGGUGAUUGUUCCCGAAAGGUUAUAAUUUUCUCACUAGCUUGAUCCAUUGUGGUUGUGAUUCGCAUUUAUACGAGCAUUGUGCAGUGAAGUCCAAAUCCAAAUAUACAUAAAGAGUUUCU